CAGGCGCUUGCACUUCAAGGUUUCACUCAAAUGACACCGGUUCAAGCAUCCACAGUUCCUCUUUUUAUGAAACAUAGGGACGUAGUUGUCGAGGCAGUUACUGGAUCUGGAAAAACACUCGCUUUUGUCAUUCCAGUACUAGAGAUGCUUCUUCGAAGAUACGCAGAUAAUCGUCCGCUUGGUAAAAAUGAUAUUGGGGCUAUUAUCAUAUCACCUACUCGCGAGCUGGCCAAGCAGAUUUAUAACCCUCAAUCAACGGAUAAUGACUUUCCAGCUACCCCUGUAUGUAUUUCGCAUAUGCUAUUAAUUGGAGGGAAUAUAGUUCGCGAGGACGUUCAGCAGUUUGCAGCAACUGGUGCACAUAUAUUGAUAGGCACGCCUGGACGUCUGGAUGAUUUAUUGAAGCGUCAAAACAUUUUUAACUGCAAAGAACUUGAAGUGCUGAUCAUGGAUGAAGCAGACCGCUUGCUAGAUAUGGGAUUUGAGCUUGCUCUCACUUCAAUUUUACGGAAAAUUCCCAAACAAAGACGUACAGGACUAUUUUCUGCCACCAUGAAUGAAGGACUGGGCCAGCUAGUUAAGGCUGGACUACGAAAUCCAGUAAAGAUUGUGGUAAAAGUAGAGGCCACUGAUGGUGGUGACACUAAUCAACGAACACCUUCCUCAUUAAGCAUUGGAUAUGCCAUUGUCAAACAAGAUGAGAAGCUUUCACAACUGCUAUGUUUACUUGAAAAGCACCAAGACAAAAAGUUUAUCGUAUACUUUUCCACUUGUGCGUGUGUUGAUUACUACCACAAGCUUUUUUCCCAAAUUGAUAAUUGUCCUGACUUACAGUUUCAUUCGCUUCAUGGGAAAAUGAAUCCAAAACGGCGCGAAGCAGUAUAUCGAAAGUUUACUGAGGCCCCCAUGUCUUCUGUACUUAUUUGUACAGAUAUUGCUGCUCGUGGUUUGGAUAUUCCUGACGUAGACUGGGUUGUUCAAUUUGAUGCACCACAAGAUCCAAAAGCAUUUGCCCACAGAUGUGGCAGAGCUGCCCGUUUUGGGAGACAAGGGAGUGCUGUUGUAUUUCUAUCACAACAUGAGGAUGCGUACGUUGAAUUUUUGCAGCUUCGUAAAGUACCUAUUGUGGAGAUGAUGUUGGAAACCAUACCACCCGAAAAAAUCUCGCAGCUUUGUGAAGACCAAAAAAAAAUUACUUUGGGUGAUCGCGAUGUUUAUGAAAAAGGGAUCAUUGCAUUUGUUAGUUGGGUUCGUGCAUAUAGCGAGCAUCAAGCCAAUUUUAUUUUUCGCAUCAAGGAUGUCGAUUUAAGUUUGGUAGCAAGAUCAUUUGGGUUAUUGAGAAUGCCCAGAAUGCCAGAACUAAAAACGAUCAAGGUUGAUUUUGCAGCAACUGAAUUUGAUGUAAGUUGUAUUCCUGAUACAAUUAAAUACAAGGAUAAAUCGCGUGAAAAACAGCGCUUAACCAAUAUU